UAUAUCGAAUGCCGGGAAAUGCAGCCUGCCGGAAUGUCCAGCUUGAUGCGACGUGACGGUCAGAUCGUCGCAUCUUAUAUUGGGUCCUCGCUCGGGUCGGCAGUGUUUCUUCAUCCGCCCCCUUUUGAUUUUCAAAUCCUAGUUGGUCGAGACGUUUUGAUCAACCAGACCAAACAACUUUCUCUCUAUAUAAUGUGCAGUGUUCGAACGACUCAUUUCAAUCCAACUACAGCCAACAACUCAUCUCUCCUGUUGAGUAUACAAUCAUGGUUUUCUACGCAUAUGUGAAACAGAUCACGGACAACGUGACCUAUCGAUACACGAUUACCUUUGCUAGUCGCGAAGUUGCGGACGAGUGGUGGCGUGCCGUGUCCACUUCCACCGUCACUAGUUUUGUUACCAGUGUUCAGCGUGUCAACGCCCAGUUCUACACUCAUAACGUGAACGUGGCAAACGCCGCCAACUCCCUCACCACGACUGGGGUUGCGACUGAAUUCCUCGGCAAGGUGUUUUUCACCUUGGAGAAUAACUGGGAUGGUCGCGGCUUGAGCAUUAUCCCACCGCUCGAACAUUUUGCGGACCACAUCAGCGGAAACUCUUUCUUCAUUCGCUCCAAAGUCGCUCCUUACGACUAUUGGUACUAUCCCACAUCGUCUAACACGACGAACGCGGUCUAUGUUUCGCGCACCGAACGCACUCGCUUCACCGUUAGUCUCACCAGCGGUACUGCAGGGACCGUCAUAAUUGGCUCUGACAAUAUCGUUAUCACGUUGACCACCGUUGAUCUGUCGGUCAACGUCAAUGCAACCAGUGGUCAGGUGAUCCUUUCACUUGCUCCUCUGACGGGGUUGACUUUUAGUACCCUUUUGACCAACUUCACCGUUGGGCCUUCCUUGUCUGUCAACAAUGAGACCGUGAAGGAACUCCUCUACACGGUGAAUGGGGAAGAGUGGGAACUCGCUUGAACUGCUAUCAUUUGAAAUAAAGUUGUCUUGUACUGCUACUGCUAGUCUAGUCGUUAUGCAUUUAUGAAGGAAGGAAGGACUCGGAAUUUGUUCUCGUACUGUUGGUAACGCUAGGAAGCAAUCGCAUUUUUUGUUGAACGCCUGCCAUCACGUAUGACCUUGAGAUACAUGAAUCCCUUGAGCAUCAACAGGCCUCUCUACCAACCUAUGACAACAGUGUUUAGAGUUACCUCUUUCACUA